AAAGAGGUGGAUGUGUUCUCCCACUACUGAUGCAGGAGGCUGCAGAAAACUCCAGUUACCCUGAAAACUUGCCCAAGCUGCUAGACCUGACUGAUGCUUAAGAGCUGCUGGGAUUGCCACUGGCUGUAUACCCCCAGGAGAUGGAGGAUGAACCUGGGGUUCAGGUACACCCUGAGGGAGGGGAGAAAGGAGCCCAGCAAUAGCCAACUGCAGUCUGGCUGCAGGAGCAUCUGAAAUGCGGUCAGUGUGUUGCAGUGGGAUUCCCUGCUGAUCCAGUGGCAGACCUCUCUGUUGCUGUUAGGGCCCUGGGUUGGGACACAGUGGAGUUGGGCAGGCCUGUGUCCCCCUACCCCUGCUGACCCACCAUUGGGGUGGCAGUACUCCCCCUCUUCAAACCAAGAGGCCUGUGCUUGUCUGGCUCCCACUAGAGCCAGGACAAGAGAUUAUACCUGCACACCUGACCACUGGUUGGUGGGCUAGACUCUUUGGUGGGUGCCUGACCCCUGGCUUGGGGUGGGGGAGAGUGGCCCUAGACUGUGUUUGGUACCCUGCCCUUUCUGAGGGCCUGGGUUCCUGACUAUGCCCUGCCUAAGGGUUGGGCUUUAGACUGCUUGAUGUCCUGCCCUGCCUGAGGGCUUUGGCCCCUGAACCUCUUCUCUCUCGCUGGUGGGAUCAAGCACUGAGACUGGUAACUUCCCCAUUAUUUUAGACCAGUACUGGACAACCUGCAGCUCCCAUUGGCUGGGAAUGGUGAACCAUGGCCACUGUGAGCAGCUAUGCAAAUGUAAACAAAUGGUCUGGUGGCCUGCCAGCUGAUUACUCUGACAGACUGUGUGUGGCCAUCAGGUUGCCCACAACUGUCUUAGACUGCCCUUCAGGGAGGAGUGACAGCAAAGAGGUGUGGCCUCUCUCAGAGAUUGACAGCCAGGGAGGACCCCCCCACACACACACCUACAUGCCCCUUUGCAAUGGUCCAUCUGCACAAACAGGCCAGAAACUUGACAGAACUGGCCAGAUGGGAUUUCUCCAGUGUAAGGGAAAUCCCCAAAGAACCAACAGCUGCCACAGGGGCUUCCUUCAGCCUGUGCCACCUCUGCCUCACCUGCAUGCUGGGGGAGCUCUUGUGGAACCCAGCUCUGCAUUGUGUACCCUCUGUGUAAGUCUCAGAAUCCUCCCCCCCCUGCAUUUUCUUACACUUAAAGAGGCAGCACUCAGAAAACAGCCCCCAAGCUGCAUUCUCCACAAUAAGUAUGUAUUGAAAAAUCCAACUGCAGACCCUAAGGGUUGGGGAACUGACCUGACCUUCCACCCAAACUCACACCUAGCCUUCCUGCCAGUUCAGAAAUAUCUGGAUAGCCAUUUUCAUUCUUGCUUGCCUCUAUACUGGGCUCCAGUGACCACUGGAAGUGGUAAUGCCUAAAUGCCGUGAGACCAGCUCAUCAGAAGCAAAGAGUACUUUAAAUCUGCUGGCAAGCCAUGCACAUCUUAGUGCUCCCACGUACAGGGCUGUUCCACAGUGUGCUGUUCCCUGAUCUCCCCUGCUUCAGAAGCCAUGGUACCAAAGCUGUAGGAUGGGCAUUAAUGCUGACUGUCUUAGCAUUAUCUUGCAGGUUUGCUGGGGCUGUUCUUCAGCUCGGCCCCCUCUCCCAUCCAAUGGUUGUUCUUUAGCCCAAACUUGUGGAGCCCCAUGUGCACGAUGCUCAUGUUAUAAGGCAUCCAGGGGCUUAGAGGAAGGGAGGGAGGCUCCUUUGACGUUGUAUGUGAAAUAACCUAACUUGAGCUGUUUUCACCCCAUCUGAGUUUAGAAGCAGGAUUACAAAGAUGAUGUGGCCCAGGUUGUCUAUCUGCUCCUGAAAGGAUUUACAAUAAAAAUACUGAUAAGUCCAGUAAAAGGAAGCAGUUAUUCUCCCCUCCAGAAAAGAAUGCAUUUUAAUUAUUGAAGUCCAUCAAUUAAUUGAUCUGCCCAUUGUGUAUUUAUUCCUUUGUGGCUCCCUGAGAACAAGACUAGAUACUGGAAAUGAGGAAGGGCUUUGUUACAAAAGGAGAGGGUGGUUAAUUUUUGACAGCAGGCAAUGAGAAAGUUAUGUUUGUAUAAUAGUCAAGUCACUCUCUGUGCCGUGGCUCACUCACCUGCAUGUCAUCACCUUUGUGAGAAGUGUCAAUAAAUAUUACACAAGUACCUCUUUCUAAGCACAAAACUCCUACUAGAGGAAUUCCCAGAGCCCCUUAUAAAAGGGAUCCCGUCCUUUCUCCAUCGUGUCUGUUUGCUGAGAAGAUGAAGUGUGAAAACUUGGCUGUGCUGCUGGUCUUUCUACAAAAUGCCAUUGCAUUGAAUGCAGCCAGCACCAUGCUCCAGAAUGUGCCAUUUGCCAAUGUGACCGGCUCUUUGAAUGACAAUGGAGUGUGCCAAUGCUCAGUGUACCUGCCAGACACCGUGUUUCCUGUGCAGAAGGUCGAGAUUCUGGAAAUCACAGCCCAAGUGCUUUCUGAGAAAUUUGAAAGAGAACUUACUAAAGUUAGCCAAUAUACCAAAGCAAUUGAAAUGUAUGAACAGAAAAUCCGAAACCUAACCAUCAAAGUGGAACAUAUGGAGUCGACCAGUGUUUCUUACAGUGAGUUGGACUUUCAGUUGCUGAAACUGGAAAUCAAUGAAAUGGAGAGACUGGUCACUCAGCUGAAAUCCACACUUGUUGGAAGCAAUGUGAUUGUUGAACAACUAUACGUGGAGAUCAAGAAUCUGACUCUCAUGGUAAAUGAUCUGGAAUCAUUGGACAAAAACAAUAUCCUUGCAAUCCAUCGAGAAAUUGUGGCUCUCCAGAAUCGAUUGAAGGAAUGUGAAAAACAUAGAAAUCAAACCACAACACCCUCCUAUUUCCCACCAGGCAGUUGUGGUCAUGGUGGGAUUGUGAAUAUCAGCCAGCCCUAUGUUGUACAGCUGAACUGGAGAGGAUUUUCCUUCAAAUAUGGUUCCUGGGGUAGGGAUUCCUCUCUUCGGACCCCGCAGAAGGACCUAUACUGGGUGGCACCUUUGAACCCAGAUGGGAGACUCUUAGAAUCUUACAGACUUCAUAAUUCCUAUGAUGAUUUGCUGCUAUUAAAAAAUGCUCGAGAGUUAAACAUUCAAUAUGGGGAAGGCAGUGGCACCGCAGUUUACAAUAACUUCAUGUAUUACAAUGUAUAUAAUUCAAGAGAUAUGGGCAAGCUCAAUUUAAACACAAACACAUUGGCUGUGAGGAAAACUCUGCCGAAUGCUGCUUAUAGUAACCGUUUCUCUUAUGCUGGUGUUGGGUGGCAAGAUAUGGACUUUGCUGUGGAUGAAAGUGGAUUGUGGGUAAUUUAUUCAACAGAGGACAACAAAGGUAACAUUAUGAUUAGCAAACUCAAUGAGACCACACUUGAUGUGCUCCAUACUUGGAAUACAAGGCAGUACAAGCCAUCCAUUUCCAACGCUUUCAUCAUCUGUGGUGUUCUAUAUGCCACAAGACCUGUCAACACUAGGAAAGAGGAAAUAUUUUACACAUACGACACAAACACUGAACAGGAAGGUAAAAUUAGCAUAAUUAUGGAUAAAAUGUUAGAAACAAUUCAAAGUAUCAACUAUAACCCCUCAGACCGAGUCCUGUAUGUUUACAAUGAUGGCUACCUUGUUAAAUACAAUCUUCUUUUUCAACCUGUGUUACACUGAUAUGAAUAAACACAACAACUAGAGAUCACACAAAGUCCGAUUUUAUAUCCCUUUGGGCAAUGUGAAUGUUAAAUUAGGGCCUAAUCCUACCAAGAGUCGCUCCUGGGCAUAAGGUUUAUUCCCAUGAGCUGUCCCAUUGAAGGAUAAUAAGCUCUAUGUCUGGUAACAAUUGGGUGCAAGGUUAGGUUCACAGCUUUUUAACUGGUGUUUAGCUACAAUGGCACCAGGAGUACUAGAAAUGCCUCUGCUAUAAAAAUAGAUUAAGUAGAUGACUUAGUGAUGCACAGAACAUGCUUCGUGAUAGGGAAAUUGCUCACACACUGACGUGCAUUUGGAGGAAUGUCUGUAUUUGGAUGACACAUGGAAACUGCACUGCUGUUUUGUCGUCACUGCUCAAAGUAUGCAAGGCCAUAAAUAUCAUAUUAAAUAUUGGCCUCAAAUAAUUACUAAAAGAUUAAAAUUAGAGGAGAAUUAGAAUUUGAUCUUUAAAGAGCAGCCAUUGGUUAAGCUGAAGCUGUGGAAACGGUUGCCUUGUCUCCUUCUUGCAACCCAUCAAUGUAUUUUAAAUGGCAGGGCUCCAAUGCAUUACUUUCCUAAAGUUGCACUUCAUGAAAAAACCUUAUUAACCAUUUUUGGAUGGUUACAUUUUCUUAGCACUGUGUCCUGGGGGCCUGAUCCAAAGCCCAAUGAAAGCAGUCCCUUGGUAUAUGGCACAUGCUACAACAGAACAUAAGCUAUGCCAUCCUACAUGCUCCACUUAGUCCUCUGAGUCCAUUUAGUCUGCAAUUACUCUGAGCUCCAUUAGCAUCUUUCAAAAACACUCUGAAAACAAGGAGCCAAAUUAAUAACCAGUAUAAUUCCAUUGGCAUCAAUUACCUUACUUUGGGGGUGAAUCUGGCACAUGAUAUAUCAGUUAUAGAAUACUGAAGUUGGGACAAAAUCAGUCAUAUGCUCUUUAUUUUUAAAAUGCCACUUAUAAGAUUUUUGUAUCAAUAUCUGUACUGUAAUCAUGUCAGAAAUAAUGAGAUGAACAGUUAUGAAAAUGCAGUAAAUGUUUGCUGGUUUUCUAUUAUUAAUCCUAUCUUUGUCUUCUUGUAAUCUGGAUCAGUAGAUGUGAAUUAUUAAUUUUUGUUUAAUAAAGUGUUAUAAAAAUCCAAA